AUGGUGGAUUUCAAGUGGCAGAGGCGUUGGGUUGUUCUUAAACAUGGUCGGCUGAAAACCUUUCAGGACGAGGCCUGCUUGUCGCCCAAAGCUGCGUUCGAGCUGAACGCGGGCAGCAAAGUCGUGCCCUUCAAGGCGCCGGGUGCUCCGGGACAGUCGGUGUUGUACAGUCGAACAAGACCUUUUGGCUUUGUGCUGGACCUCGAGCCGCAGGCGGGAAAGGCGCGGUGGAUGGUGUACUUCGAUACGUUGCAGCCGGAUGAACUUGAUCGAUGGACGCAGGCCAUCGAGGGAAGCGUGCGGAACUUGGAAGCGGCCGUGCAGAGCUCCCCCGGCCGUUCAGGACAUCUUGCGAAGCAAGUCCCUACAACGGCUACAGCGAAGAAGGGUGAGGACUCUGCAGGACGUGGUGCAGAUCCUGAUGCGACAGCUGCCCGACGUCUUGUUCAUCAAGUCGUCGAGAGAUGCUGCUCCAGGUCAACAGACGAGCUGUUGAAUCGUCGAGCGGCAAGACAAGUGCUGCCACGACCUUUGACAAGAGCAUUCGAUCGGCUCCUCUAG